CAUUUCCAACAACUUAAAAAAAACCCGUCCAAAUUUCAGUAAUUUGGAUUAAAAAAAAAACCUUGCCACAUUCAUUCACAUUCAUUUCCAACAAUUUCUUGUAUUGCUGCCUCUGCCCAACAGUCUGCAAUUAAUUACAUUCUCUAAAGAUGCUUAUUUUGCAUUUAUUACAAGCUACACAACCCUCUUUCAACAAUUUCUAGGGUUUAUUGCAGGCUUCAAUGGCGUCUUCUUCUUCCUCAUCAAAAACUUCUUGCUUUCAGUGUCAUGAUUCCACCGUCAAUUGCUUCCGAAACGGAUGGAGACUCCGUAACGGCGAACGCGCUCACCUUUGCUAUCGCUGCGCAUGUGUUUAUGAGGAUGGAAGGUUCUGUGAAACAUUUCAUUCAAACGAUGAUGGUUGGAGAGACUGCGAAUCUUGUGGGAAGCUGGUUCAUUGUGGAUGUGUUGUGUCAUUCAAUCAAUAUUUUCUGCUGGAUUUUGGUGGUGUGAUCUGCAUGGAAUGUUCUAAGAAAAACCUCAUUCUGGCACGAAAUCGGCGGUAUGCACGUGAAUUUCAAACGGAUCCCGUAGAUUUUCCAGAUCUUGCCAAGAAAGUACAAAGUGACUCAGACAUACAAUGCAUCCCGAGGACCAACAAGUCUGUUCUGAGUCCAUUGUUUGAAAAAUUACUGACUGCUAGCGAUGCUGACAUCAGAACAGGUCGUAUAGUGAUCCCAAAGAAAUACGCUGAGACUUUUUUUCCAGAAAUUUCUGAGCCGAAAGGGUUAAUGAUGAAUAUUCUGGAUAUAGAAAACAAAGAAUGGAAGUUCGCCUUUCGUUAUUGGCCUAAUUGCGGUAGCAGAACGUAUGUUUUAGAAGGCAUCAGAGAAUUUUUGGCUGUAAAGAAAUUGCAAGCAGGUGAUACAGUGACGUUUUAUCGAGUGGAACCGGGGGGAAAUAUGGCAAUUGGAAUUCGGAAGACUUCUGCUGUGAAGCUGCCUCAUCAAGCAUCCACCUGAUGCUGUGAAACAACAUAACUGCGGGAUGUCUUCUUCACAAAACGAUCUUUCGUACUUGUGUUGUAAACUGGAAAUUUUUGCCCUUCGAAAUUGAUGUGAUUUUUGGAACGAAUUGAAUAUUUAUUCUUAUUUAUUAUAUUUUGAAAAUAGAUUUGAGACUUUGAGGGUUUUUUGCAUUUAUAAAAGUACUUGGUUUAAUA